AUGGCUACCGUGAAGCCCAGCACGGGGGACCUCGAACGGUACCUCAAAACCCUGAAGGGUAAGCCUUUGGAAGCAUCAAUUGACAGUCUCAUCUCUCUCCUGAAAAGACGACAGAUCCAGGGCUCCGAGCUCUGCGCUGUCGCGACCGCACAUAUUCUCCUUCAGGUUGUGGCCAAGUCGAAAUGGAACGACGUCGACUCGUUGCUGGAGAAGGUGCAGCAGAUCGGAUUGCGCCUCAUCGCCGCACAGCCCAAGGAAUUGGUCGUUGGCAACAUCGUUAGACGCGUGUUGAGCCUGAUCCGAGACGAGGCUGCCGAGGACCGAAAUGAGGACUUUAGUGAGACUGCCACAGAAGUUGGAGGAACCCCGACGACAGCAGUGCCAGACCCCUCCAAGCUGGAGCACCAAUGGCCCCCCUCUACAUAUACCAAGCAGGAUGCCGGUUCAGACUACAUCACGAGCGGCCCAAGACCCGUUCGCCCCGGCUUCCUCACGUCCGCGAGCUCUUUCCACGUCUCAAAGUCUCUCUUUUCCCUUCUCGAGGCGUCACCCCCAGUGGACACUGCUGGCAUCAUGGCCGGAUCGCCGUUUGGCAAGGACUCUGGCGCUUCAACACCCCUUCGUGGACUGUCGACUAGGGUACACGCUCUGAGAUCAGAAGUCUGCGAGGGUAUCGAGGAGCUCAAGGACGAGAUCGGCCAGGUGGACGACCAGAUUGCAGGAGCUGCGGAUGUUCAGAUUCACCCCGGAGACUAUGUGUUGGUGCACCAGCCUUCAGCCACGGUCCAGAAGUUCAUCCUACGCGCUGCAACAAGAAGAAAGUUCACCCUGUUCAUCGCUGCCGGAACGGCUGCCUGCUCCGGUGGGGAGCCGCCAUAUGCAUCUUUCAGGAAGAAGCUUGCAGCAGCGGGCAUCAGUGCGAUCAACAUCCUCAACAGCGGUCUGAUGGCCUACAUGCCCCGGAUUAACAAGGUGAUUCUGGGAGCAAGAGCCGUCCUGGCCAACGGCGGCAUCCUGACAGAUGCAGGCGCUGGUGUGAUUGCACGCGCAGCCAAGGAGCAGGGCAACCCGGUGAUUAUCCUCAGCGGUGUCUACAAGCUCUGCCCAGAGAGCUACUUUGACGAAGAGAGCCUCGUAGAAUGGGGAAGCUCUAUGGGCCAUGUAAGCUUCGCAGACGGAGCCAUGGUCAACGGUGUCGACGUUCGCAGCGCAGUUAGUGAAUUUGUGCCUCCCGAACUGCUCGACACCUACAUUACCAAUCUUGGCGCACACUCGCGGAACCAUCUGUCCACUAUCAUCGCGGAUCACUACAAGCCAGAGGAUGUUGAUUUCCAUCUCUGGAGCACAGAGGCUGACCGAUGA